UAACUCAUUGAGCUCUGCUUGCUAGUCGGGUGCAUGUCAAAUGCAAAGCAGGUUUAAGUGCUGUGAUUGAUUUCUUAUUCAUGGAACCCAAUAUGGCAUCUUGCAUGAGGAGCUUGUUUUCUGACCACAGCAGAUACGUUGAAUCUUUCCGGAGGUUUCUAAAUAAUUCCACGGAACACCAAUGCAUGCAGGAAUUCAUGGACAAGAAGCUGCCAGGCAUAAUAGCAAGGAUUGGAGAAACCAAAGCAGAAAUUAAGAUUCUGAGCAUAGGUGGAGGUGCAGGUGAGAUUGACCUGCAGAUUCUCUCCAAAGUCCAGGCUCAAUACCCAGGAAUCUGUAUCAGUAAUGAAGUUGUUGAGCCAAGUGCUGAGCAAAUUGUCAAGUACAAAGAGCGCGUAGCCAACACAUCAAACAUGGAGAAUGUAAAAUUUGCUUGGCACAAGGAGACAUCAUCUGAAUAUCAAAAACGGAUGUUGGAAGAAGAACCUCAAAAGUGGGACUUUAUUCAUAUGAUUCAGAUGCUGUAUUAUGUAAAGGAUAUCCCAGCUACUCUGAGAUUCUUCCAUGGUCUCUUAGCUGCCAACGCUAAGAUUCUCAUUAUCCUUGUCUCAGGAACUAGUGGCUGGGACAAGCUAUGGAAAAAGUAUGGAUCCCGCCUACCCAGGGAUGACCUCUGCCAGUACGUCACAUCCUCUGAUCUCACUCAGAUACUGGACGGCCUGGGGAUUAAGUAUGAGUGUUAUGACCUUUUAUCCACCAUGGACAUCACAGACUGUUUUACUGAUGGUGAUGAAAAUGGAGACCUGCUUUGGGAUUUUUUGACAGAAACUUGCAACUUUAGCAAAACAGCACCACCGGAUCUCAGAGCAGAAAUUAUGAAAGAUCUUCAAGAACCUGAAUUUAGUGUUAAGAAAGAGGGGAAGGUACUUUUUAAUAAUAAUCUGAGUUUUAUAGUGGUUGAGGCAUAACUAUAAAUCAUGAGUGUUCAGAACUUACAUUUUGCAUAAUUGUUGGUUAUUUUUACAUUAAAUUUAUAAAUUAAACACAUAUUUACGUAUUAAAGUUAAAACUAAUCUUACAAUAAGGAUAUGAUCUUAUCUCUUAUAAGUGAAAUCUACAAAUUUCAGAGAUAUUCUUGGGUUUCCACCAGAAUCAUGUGGGCUCCUUCCAGUUAUAUCUUCUCCUUGAAAGAUAGCAUUCAGGCGGCACACUACCUAACUGGAAAGAUAUGGCUUGAGUUUCAUUGGCUUACUACUAAUAAAAUUCUUUCCAUUUU